AUGAGGAGGAGGAUGCUCUACCGCCAACCCCGAGGGGAACAGGAGCGAAAGCCCGGCUCCCAACAGGAGAAGCAGGGGGCGGGAGGAGAAGCGAGACCAGCGCUGACUAACGGCGAGGAGAGGCUUUCGCAGGCAGCACGGCUCCCUCCCUCCUCCGCCACGCUCCCGCCCCGGUGUAUCAGGUGCAGCAGCUCCCCCUGUCGCGCUCGGCUCGGCUCGGCCCGGCCCGGCCCGGCCCCGCAGCGCUCCUCCCCCGGCCCGCCCUCCGUCUGGGGUGGUGCCCGGCCCCCGCACGGGUCGGGUAGGCUCGGCCCGGCAUGGCUGCCGUCGGGGCGAAGUUUGGGGAACUUUCCCCGUUCAGCCCGGGCAGAAACGCGUGGAAGCGGCGGGUGCGGGUGCGGCCGGGGCUGGGUGCCCCGCGGCAAAGCGCCGUGGAGCGGGGGAGCGGAGAACCGGGAGAAAAGAAAGGCCACCUCGGGUUGGGGAUCAGCAGCGGCUGACCUUGAUUCCUCUUCUCAAAUGACCUUUAAAUCACAAGUCUUCAGUAUAAGGUUAAAGAAAGAAAAAAAUCAAGGUUUCGUUGUUCGCGCACGGGCGUACUGCUUCUGUGUCUGAAUGAACAGUGUAUCAACAAAUGAAUGCUGAGACAUGCUCCGGCCUGGGUCUUCUGGCCACCCACCAGCCCUGGAAGUACCUGGAGAGCCCGCUCUGGACAUGAGAAGGAGCAGGGAGAUUUCCCCCCGCCGCAGAGAUGUCCUACACAAGGAGCAUGGGAGACACAGCGCAAGUGGUGGGUCUGUUAAGAGGCUGAGAUUGUAAAAAUGUUAUCUCUUGAUAUAUCAUCACUGCAUACGGUCAAAUGAGCUACUGUGAAGCCUCCCAGACAUCAUAUCUGAGAAAGUGU